GUUGAAUUACUCAAAUUUAAAAAAACAAACAAAAAAAACCAAACGCAUCUGCCACGUUCGUCGUGACGUCACCAGCAGCCGUCAGUCGACGUCGCAGACAUGGAGGAAGUGAGAGUGUUUCCCCUGACCUGUGCUGUGCAAAAUUAUGCAUGGGGCAAGGUUGGACUGGACAGCGAGGUGGCCAAGCUGGUGAUUGGCGGAGAUGCACUUGCUGUCGUAGAGGCUGAUAAACCUUAUGCAGAGCUGUGGAUGGGCGCUCACCCAAAAGGUGACGCCCAGAUUAAGGACAACAGGAUCGCACAGACCACCCUGGGCCAGUGGAUUGCCCACUUCCCUGCAUGUCUGGGCUUAAAGGUGAAAGACACCUUCCAGGGUCAGCUGCCUUUCCUCUUCAAAGUUCUCUCGGUCAACACGGCUCUGUCAAUACAGGCCCACCCCAACAAGGAAUUAGCCACUCGACUACAUGCUCAGUUUCCGGAGCACUACCCAGACACCAACCACAAACCUGAGAUGGCCAUUGCUCUCACCCGCUUCGAAGGCCUCUGUGGCUUCAGACCAGUGGAAGAGAUCCUGGAAUUUCUUGAAAAGGUCCCAGAGUUCCACACUCUGGUGGGUCACGGGGCAGCACAAGAGCUGCGGGCCAGCGUGGGAGAUGCAGACCGUACGAGCCAGGCGCUGAAGAGGUGCUUCACCAGGAUGAUGGAUUGGGAGAAGAAGGUGGUGGUAGAGAACCUCAACGAGCUGGUGAAAAGGGUCACGGAAGACGCUGCAGCUGGAAAGGACACGUCAGGCAUCAAUGGUGACCUGUUGCUCCGUCUCCACUCUCAGUACCCUGGAGACAUUGGCUGCUUCUCAAUCUACUUCCUCAAUCAUGUGGUCCUGAAUCCAGGCCAGGCCAUGUUCCUGGGAGCCAAUGAGCCUCACGCUUACCUUUAUGGAGACUGUAUUGAGUGCAUGGCCUGCUCAGACAACACUGUGAGGGCCGGACUGACACCCAAAUACAUCGAUGUUAACACGCUCUGUGAGAUGCUGAACUACAGCCCCGCCCCCGCCUCCUCGAAAAUCUUCCCGUGUCUUCAGGACCCCUCUGACCCCUGCGUGUCCAUAUACAACCCGCCCGUGCCAGACUUCACUGUCAUGAGGAUACAGAUCCCAGCCUCAGUGAAGCAGUACAAUAUUGCUCCAGUCGACAGCGCCAGCAUCCUCCUGGUCAUUGAAGGUGAAGCCACGGGAACCUCGCCUGCCGCUCUCUCUGACCUCACACUGACGCGGGGCAGCGUCCUGUUUGUCUCGGCCAACGAGAGCGUCUCUCUACACAUCACCUCGCAGUCGGGGAUGACCCUUUUUCGAGCCUGCUGCCUUCUGUAGUUGUGGGCCGUUCUUGGGCAUUUUGGGGCAUGGGGUCCUGUCCUCAGCUUGUGCUGGGAUGGCUGGCAUCUGGCCAGGUCAGCUCCCUGUUGCAUCUGGUCCUCUGAGUCUCGUCCCUUUGGCCAUCAGGGAUAAAUCUGUGGCCUCACUCUUCCUUCUACGGGGUUUCCCUGGGUCGUGCGGUCUUGGGUCUUCAGUACUCUACUUGUCUGCUCCUGGCUAACAGGGGAUGUUGCUGCGAAUUGUUGCCCUCAUUAUCAAGAACGUUUUGCGUUGUGCUAAUCUGGAUGUAUCAAAGAACUUUUGCACUGGACAUUUUCUUCUUCUUUUCUUGGGAAAUCAAAUGUGUUUGGCACAACAGCUGAAGCUGUCGGACAGGACGGGUAUUGAGACUGUCUGAGGGUAUAUAGAGCUGAACGGGUAAACUUCACUUUGGGGAAAAAAGGGAGGGAAUUCAUGCAACCUAAUGGACUUUUACACGAUUUUCAAAUUUUGAAAUUACUCUGACAUGUUUCCAGCUAUUGGUUGUACUCCUCAUUGUCCUGUUAGCUGUUAGUAGCAUAGUAACUUGAAGUGUUACAUUAGGAAGGGUACCUGGCAUAAAAACUGUGCCAAAUCAAAUACUCAGAUCCAUCCGCUGUGGCAGCAUCUUGGGGAAAAAAAGAAAGCAGCUGUAAAUACCUUAUUCAACAGUUUCCAAUGUGCAUGAAUUCACGCAAAUAACUCACGGCAAUACUUCACUUUGUCUUUGGUGUGAACGCAAAAAAAACAAAAAAACAAGGUAUGAACCUUGUAGUUUGGGAGAAUUGUUACACCUCAAGAAUCAUAAAUGCAUACCGAGUCAAACAUCUUGUUUGUCAACUAACAAUUAACUAAACCUGCUUUAAGGUACUUAUUGUAAUUUCCUCUGUUUUAAAAGUGUUUUUAACACCUUUUAAAGUUAAAUGAAGCUUUCAGCAGAAUGUAAAUAAUUGAUCGGCAUGACUUUACGUCCAAAACAUUGAUAUAUUUUUUGUUGAAGAGAUAUAAAGAGAACCUUAAUCAGGGCUGGACGGCAAUUUUGUGUAAUAACAAUUUGUACCACAAGAUGGUGCAUCAGCGUAACCUUUGUUUAACCAGGCAAGCCAUUAGAACAUUGUUUUUACAAUGGCAUUUACUGGUGAAAUACUGGCCCCUGGUGAUAAAGGUUUUAGUUAACAUUUGCUGCAGUUUAAUUACAAAAAGUACCUUUAAAAGAUUUUUUUUGUCUUUUUGUACAGUUGUACAACAAAAUGCUGCAUUGAAUUUUAUACCUUAUUGUAUUGGAGACAGAUUUUUUUGACUGUUGUUUGUAACGAUUAAUCAGCACGUGACGAUACAUAUGAAGUAAAUGGUUUUACAUGUUUAUUAUAAUAGCUAAACAGGUUUCUUUUCCUAAAAUAUAAUCUCUUUUGGUGACCACUUUACAACAUGUUGGUGCAGUAGUAAUAGUAGAUUAUUUCAGUAAUGGUGCAAACUUCUGUGUAACGUUCCGGUUCUAGUACCAGGGUCGAUCUGAAUUCACUCAAUAAUGAUGUGCACUUUCUUCUUGUAGUAGUUUUUAUAGGCUCUCAACUCAAAUAUUCAAUGAUAGGUCCUCUAUCAGCCUGCCAACCUACCACUGAACAUGUUUUUCAGAGUGAGUGAAGCCCUGUUAAUGCUUUAUUAUCACGCUUGUGAUGUAGGUUGAUUGUUCCCAGUGCAGAUGUGGUAAACCUUUAGUUGUUUGCUGUUUUUUUUAAAAAAAGAGUACUAAGAAGGAUGUGAAGUUAUUUUUUAGAUCACUUUUCUUGAUUACCUCAAAUCAUCCUUCUGUAGCUCAAAACACUGUUAACGAAUCAUCUCUUGUUUGCCAUGUUUUCAUGUUAUCUUUGUUUUGUGGAGUACUGUAUUUAAUGUAACUUCUGAUUUAAUGAUCACACACCUUUUUGUUGCCGAUCUUGCUGUAAGUCACGUUUUCAUUUGAAUACUGGACACCUGAAGUUUGUGGUUCUUUUUUCCUUACUAUAAACUAAUGACUUUCAAAUACAGUUUGGGAGAUUACUGCGUUGUUUUCUUUCUUUUAUGGGAACAUUUACUAGAAUAUGUCUGUAGUUAGGGCAUGGUUGAGUAUUUUUGAAUGUGGUGAUGCUGUAGCAUGGGACUGCAGAGAACAUGUAUGUAAAAACGGUUUAAUAAAGCCAGGUUCUGU